CUGUGAUAAUCGAUUUCAUUUGGGUUGUACUAUUAACUCGACAAUAUCGAACACACUCUAAACGACGAUGUUGGCCAACUUUAUAUUAGUGUGUAUAUUUCUUACGAAUUUCGUCCACCGUACAAAUGGUGUCAGCCUCUUACAACAGCUGGAAAAAAUACUUCAGGAUGAAGAUGAUUAUGAUAGACCGGAGAGUCUGCCCUAUGGGAGGUUUUACCCGCCUCAUCAGUCACGACACCGCCAAAAAAAGAAGACACUGGAUAGCUAUCCUAAUCUGCUCAACAUUCAGACUCUCAAUUUAUAUGGGAAGCCACACAAAAGAGAGAGAGAAGAUGCAGACUUCGAUAAGUUCCUUCGCACAGAAACUGAUAGAAUCUGUAAACAGACUGGUCGAUGUGGGUGCUCCCGAGGCAGAUGUGGAAACAGAGCGGAGGAUGAAACAGCUGAUGAAGUCGAUGAAUUGGUGAAACAAAUAAACAAGCAGCUCGCCAACGACGAUACAGACAAAAAGGGACUGUCCUACGAUCCGAACGUGAAUAAACUAAAGGUAGACAAAGAUGACGACGACGAUGAUGAUCGGCUUAACGAAAAGACUAAACACAGCGACGACGUUGAUAUCGUUGUACUCGACCAAAAUGAAAUAGACGACCUUCUUAGGAAACAAGACUUCGUAGAUCUCACGAGGAACAGCGUCAUACUUGACACCGAUACAGGUAAAUUAUCAUCCGGACCAAAAAAUACAGAUCACUUGCGAGAACUCAUCGCUGAUAUUAUGAACUCGGGACAAGCGAAUGAAAAGAAUGCUAGGAAUUCUAAUGUAUCUCCGGCAGAACUUUUCAAAUAUUACGUAACAUUAAAAAAUCAAGUGGUUAAUUUGAUUACAUUUUAUAUAAAGAAUAAGCAACAUAAAAUUCCCAUUGAGGAAAAUCUAAAUUUCAAGCAAUUACAAAGUCUAGAGAAUUUGAAAAAUAAAUAUCAGCAGGGGCUACUAAAAGAGAAUGACGUUAAAUCAGAAGUGGUCAAAACAAUUUUUGGCGAGGACAGUGGAACAAAAGUUCUUCCUCAUUCAAAGAACAGCCGUCAUAUUUACAUUCCUAAAAAUUUUUACGAAGAUAUAUUAAAUUUAAGAGAAAUUAACCUGAGAUCUCAAAAAAGGAUUUUACCUUUGACAUUGCAGCAGAAAAGUAGAAUAAUAAAUAAAGAUAAAGCCAACAUCAUACCAAAACAUGUUUGGCGACGAAGUCAAAAACAUGAUGACCAAAAUUAUGGCGUCCCAUUCAAUCUUGAAGUUCAAGGUCUAGGUCAAAUAAAUCCAAACUAAUAGAAAUUAUUAAAGUACCUCAAUCUCAGGAUACAAAUAAAAACGUUUUCUUCAAUUAUCAAGGUAUAACAAUGACAUUAGUGGGUAAAUAUUUCUAAAGCAACCUACCAGAUUUAUAAAAUAUAUGUAACCCUUUAAUAAAAUUAAAUAGGCUUAGUAAACCAAUUAUAAAGACUUUCUGAUACACAAUAAAAGUUAUUUGACACCUUUAUCAUUUUA